CUGGCUCUCAAGGCAGAGUCUCUUCUCAAAGGCUGUUUCACAGUGAAAAUAUGCUCAGUGCAGCCGAGUGCAUGAAUGAAAAAGCCUCUGGUACCUUCUAGUCUGGCAAAAUGCAGCACAAAACUCAACUAACUCUGUCUUUUCUGCUGUCCCAGGUUCUGCUGCUUGCAUGUGCAGAAGAUUUAGAAUGUGUCCCUGGAUUCCAGCAGAAGGUUUUUUAUAUAGAAAAGCCAUUUGAAUUCAGAGAGGACCGGCUGAUUCUGAACCUGAAAUUUGAUGACUGCCAGGGGAACAACAAAUUGAACUUUGAAGUUUCUAACCCAGACUUUAGAGUGGAACUCGAUGGGAAUUUGGUUGCACUCAAGAAUGUAUCAGAGGUUGGCAGAGCCUUGUUUGUGCACGCGCGGUCGGAGCACGCCGAGGAUAUGGCAGAAAUCUUCAUUCUUGAAGCAAAUGAAAAACGUGGUGCAUUAAAGGAAAUCUUAAAACUAGAAGGUAACCUUGGAAUUCCAAGACAAAAAAGGGCUAUUUUGGCAACUCCAAUACUAAUUCCUGAAAAUCAAAGACCUCCAUUCCCCAGAUUAGUUGGCAAGGUCAUCAGAAGUGAAGGGACAGAGGGAGUGAAGUUUCGUCUCUCUGGGAAGGGAGUAGAUCAAGACCCAAAAGGAAUUUUUAGAAUCAAUGAGAUGAACGGGGACGUCUCGGUGACCCGAACCCUUGAUCGAGAAGCGAUUGCCAGUUAUGAGCUGAAGGUGGAGGUGGUGGAUAUGAACGGGAAGACCUUGGACGGGCCGGUGCGCUUGGACGUCUUGGUCAUCGACCAGAACGACAACAGGCCCAUGUUCAAGGAGGGCCCCUACAUUGGGCACGUCAUGGAGGGAUCUGCCACAGGAACCACGGUGAUGAGCAUGGCGGCAUUCGACGCCGACGACGCCGGCACGGACAACGCCCUGCUGCGCUACAACAUCCUCAGGCAGACCCCCACCAAACCCUCCCCAAACAUGUUCUACAUCGACCCUGAGAAGGGAGACAUCGUCACAGUGGUGUCCCCUGCGCUGCUGGACCGGGAGACCAUGGAAAGCCCAAAGUAUGAGCUGGUGAUAGAAGCCAAGGACAUGGGUGGGAUGGAUGUGGGGCUGACAGGCACAGCCACUGCCACCAUUCUUAUCGACGACAAAAAUGACCACGCACCAGAAUUCACCAAGAAGGAGUUCCAGGCCACAGUGAAGGAGGGGGUCACAGGUGUAAUAGUGAAUUUAACUGUGGGUGACCGUGACGACCCCGCCACGGGGGCGUGGAGAGCUGUCUACUCCAUCAUCAAUGGGAACCCAGGGCAGAGCUUUGAGAUCCACACCAACCCCCAGACUAAUGAGGGAAUGCUCUCUGUUGUCAAGCCUUUAGACUACGAGAUUUCAGCCUUCCACACGCUGCUGAUCAAAGUGGAGAACGAAGACCCGCUGAUCCCAGACAUCACCUACGGGCCCAGCUCCACAGCCACGGUGCAGAUCACCGUGGAGGACGUCAACGAGGGCCCCGUGUUCCACCCCAACCCCAUGGCAGUGACCAAGCAGGAGAACAUCCCCGUGGGCAGCGUGGUGCUCACGGUGAACGCCACCGACCCCGACACGCUGCAGCACCAGACCAUCAGGUAUUCAGUGUACAAGGACCCAGCAGGGUGGCUGGAAAUCAACCCCACCAACGGCACCGUUGGCACCACGGCAGUGCUGGACAGGGAAUCUCCCUUCGUGCACAACAACAUCUACACUGCUCUGUUCCUGGCCAUCGACAGUGGUAACCCUCCUGCUACGGGCACAGGAACUUUGCACAUCACCUUGGAGGAUGUCAAUGACAAUGUCCCAUCCCUUUAUCCAACACUGGCAAAAGUUUGUGACGAUGCAAAAGAUCUCAGGGUAGUGGUUCUAGGAGCAUCAGACAAAGACCUUCAUCCCAACACAGAUCCAUUCAAAUUUGAGCUCAGCAAGCAAUCCGGCCCAGAAAAGUUGUGGAGAAUCAACAGGCUCAACAAUACCCAUGCCCAGGUCAUCCUGCUUCAGAACCUGAAAAAGGCCAAUUACAACAUCCCCAUCUCAGUGACAGAUUCUGGGAAACCUCCUCUGACCAACACCACAGAACUGAGAUUACAAGUGUGUACCUGCAAGAAAUCCAAAAUGGACUGCAGUGCCAGCGAUGCUCUCCACAUCAGCCUGACCCUAAUCCUCCUUUCACUCCUCAGUUUAUUUUGUCUGUAAGAAUUCUGCCGUUUGAAGCUGUCCUACCGAGUUGCCAUGGCAACGAGAAGAAGGAAAAAAACCCCAUCAGCUCUGAAGAUUGCAGUUUACAAGGACUGUUCUUCACUCCUCAGCCUCAGUUGCUCCAGUUUAGUUUGCAAUCUCACUCAAUCUGUCCAGCUGUACCUUGGUGUUCGACAGCCUCCACCCCUGUGCCCUUUGGCCCUGGAUUCCUCCUGCGGGACACAAGGUUUACUCAAAAUUUACUCUGAAUGUUAAAAGACCAUGACAUCCAAAACCCCCGCCUUGGGGUGAGCAGAAAAAAAAAAAAAAAAAAAAAAAACAACACCACAAAACCAGAUUGACUCCAUUUUUUUCUAUCUGUUGACUUGUUGCUAUUCAACUGUUCAGAAAAUAUUUUGUCUGUGGGUUAGUAUUUGUAUAUGUAUGAGUGUAUGUAUAUAUAUAUAUUUAUAUAGAGAGAAGAGUUAUACCACAGGUUUAGCUUUUAUAAAAAGUUCAUCUGGAGGGUGAGAGAAAGGAGGGAGCAGAAGAACAACACAGCCACAGAUGAAUUGGAGCUGUCCCAGCAUGGCUAAACCUGCUGUGUUUGCUGUCCAGAGCAGCAGAGAGCCCGUGGCCCUUCUCGUACCUCAGGGUCAGCAAACAAGAAAUGCAAAUGCCCAGGUUUAUUCCUGCUCUGAGCUGCCCUCCCUGCCCCAGGGGGAGCUGGGGAUGCAGGAGGAGUAGCCAGGUGUGAGCAGCUCUGCCUGAUCUGAGGAGCCAAAGGGCUGAAACGUUGGCUGGGGCAGGUGACAAAAUGUUUUUAUCAGCUCUGCAGGUGAGAAGCUGAGUCCAACAGCAACGCUCAGUGCUUGCCAGAGCACUGAUCUCUGCCUCAGCCUCUGGGCCAGCAGCAGCACAGGUGCCCUGUUCUAUAAAUACCCUCACACCCACACCAACCCAUCCUUUUGGAUAUAUAUAUACAUACAUACACACGUAUACACAGUUUCCACUUAAGAGUAACGAGAGCAUUUCUUUGUGUGUGUAAACUUACCACACCUGUUUGCAGACAGGGGAAAAAAGGGUGUUUGUUCUCUAUGAAUAUGGAUCCUUUUUUAUUCUGUGAGCAUGUAAGGUCAAAAAACAAAACAAAAAAAAAAUCCUUCUAACUGUAUGAAGAUGAUCAUCUUGUUAAUAAACUGUAAAUGAUCC